AUGACUCGUCUUUAUGCUUUAUUCACCACGGCCACAACCCUUAUGAUGGUUGUCUCUACAUUGGCAGCACCUGUUCAUCGUAGGGAUGAAGAUUCAGAAGAGCAGCAACAACAAGGAGUGGUAUCUCGCAUAAUGACUGGCAACAUUGUCGAUCCCCUUUUUCCCUUGAAUCUACCGGACCUAUCGAAAACAACCACUCGGGUAGACAAUGUUCUCGAUAAAGCAACGAACAACAAGCAGAAGUCUAUCCAAAACGACAAGGAUGAUGAUGAUGAUGAAGACGAUGGUGAUGAUGAAGACGAUGGCGAUGAUGAAGAUGACAAGGGUGAUAAGGAUGACAAGGAUGGCAAGGACGAUGAAGAUGAUGAGGACGACGACGGCGAUGACCAAGAUGGUGAUGACGAUGAUGAUGAUGAUGGAAACGAUGAAGAAGAAUAG